GAAAAGUUUGAUAAUUACAAAACCGACGGGAUCAAAAAUUGAGCCCUAGUUUCCUCCGUCGCUGAGAGAGAGAGAGCACAAAAAUGGUGUUCAUCACAUCUCCGAACCACAGAACUCUAAACCUGAAUCUCAACCCAAAAACCACCACCCUCGAAACCCUCAAGCUUCAAAUCCAGCAAAACUCCCACAUCCCCAUCUCCCAGCAGCGCCUCUUCAUCUCCCAAAGCCUCCAAAUCCUAACCCAACCCGACUCCACCCUCCUCUCCGACCUCGGCAUCUCCCCCCUCUCUACCCUAACCCUCCACAUCCCCUUAUUCGGCGGCACCCAACCCCCCGCCGUCCCCAAACCCCGCCUCGACUUCCUCAACUCCAAGCCUCCCGCCAAUUAUGUCGCCGGCCUCGGCCGUGGCGCCACCGGAUUCACCACGCGGUCCGAUAUCGGGCCGGCCCGCGCCGCUCCCGACUUGCCCGAUCGGUCGGCGACGACCAUCGGCGGGGCUGCCGGGGCGGCUCCGCCUGGGGUGGGCCGCGGGCGCGGGAAGCCGGAGGAAGAGGAGGAAGACGACGGCGAGGAGAAGGGUUACGAUGAGAAUCAGAAAUUCGAUGAGUUCGAAGGAAACGACGUCGGUUUGUUCGCGUCGGCGGAGUACGACGACGAGGAUAAGGAGGCCGAUGCGGUGUGGGAAGCCAUUGAGCAGAGAAUGGACUCGAGGAGAAAGGAUAGGAGAGAAGCAAGGUUGAAACAAGAGAUUGAGAAGUACAGAGCUUCGAAUCCGAAAAUCACAGAGCAGUUUGCGAAUCUGAAGAGGCAGCUGUAUACAGUUUCGGCUGAGGAAUGGGAUCGCAUACCGGACAUUGGGGAUUACUCAGCCAGGAAUAAGAAGAGGAAGUUUGAGAGCUUUGUGCCGGUGCCCGAUACUCUUUUCGAGAAGGCUAGGCAGGAACAGGAGCAUGUUACUGCAUUGGACCCCAAGAGUAGGGCGGCCACCGGUACAGAGACGCCGUGGUCGCAAACGCCGGUUACGGAUUUGACUGCAGUGGGGGAUGGUAGAAGUACUGUGUUGUCUUUGAAGUUAGAUAGGCUUUCGGAUUCUGUUUCUGGGUUGACAGUUGUGGACCCUAAGGGUUAUCUCACUGAUCUUAAGAGUAUGAAGAUUACCAGUGAUGCGGAGAUUUCAGAUAUAAAGAAGGCUAGAUUGCUGUUAAAGAGUGUGACGCAGACUAAUCCGAAGCAUCCACCGGGUUGGAUUGCGGCUGCGAGGUUGGAGGAAGUGGCGGGGAAGAUUCAGGCAGCAAGGCAAUUGAUCCAGAAAGGGUGUGAGGAAUGUCCCAAGAGUGAGGAUGUGUGGUUGGAGGCAUGUAGGCUUGCCAGUCCUGACGGAGCCAAGGCUGUGAUUGCUGCUGGAGUCAAGUCUAUACCAAAUUCAGUCAAGCUGUGGAUGCAGGCGGCGAAAUUGGAGCAUGAUGACUCGAAUAAGAGUAGGGUGUUGAGGAAAGGGUUGGAACACAUUCCUGAUUCUGUUAGGCUGUGGAAGGCGGUGGUGGAGCUGGCAAAUGAGGAGGAUGCCAGACUUUUGCUUCAGAGGGCUGUGGAGUGUUGUCCCUUGCACAUUGAGUUGUGGCUUGCACUAGCGAGAUUGGAAACUUAUGAAAAUGCCAGGAAGGUCCUUAACAAGGCCCGCGAGAAGCUUUCGAAGGAGCCUGCCAUUUGGAUUACUGCAGCAAAGUUGGAAGAAGCUAAUGGGAAUACAUCAACAGUUGGGAAGAUUAUUGAAAGGGGUAUAAGGGCUUUGCAAAGAGAGGGGUUGGUGAUUGAUAGAGAAGCAUGGAUGAAGGAGGCUGAAGCUGCUGAGCGUGCAGGGUCUGUGGCAACUUGCCAAGCCAUUAUUCGGAACACAAUUGGGAUUGGUGUGGAGGAAGAAGAUAGGAAGAGGACAUGGGUUGCUGAUGCAGAGGAGUGCAAGAAACGUGGUUCCAUUGAAACAGCCAGAGCUAUCUAUGCGCAUGCACUCACUGUCUUCUUGACUAAGAAGAGCAUAUGGCUUAAAGCAGCACAGCUUGAAAAGAGCCAUGGGACAAGGGAAUCUCUUGAUGCCCUGCUUCGGAAAGCAGUUACCUACCGACCACAGGCUGAAGUCUUAUGGCUUAUGGGUGCUAAGGAGAAGUGGCUUGCUGGGGACGUGCCUGCUGCCCGUGCAAUCCUCCAAGAAGCUUAUGCUGCCAUUCCGAAUUCUGAAGAAAUUUGGCUUGCUGCGUUUAAGCUUGAAUUUGAGAAUCAUGAACCUGAGAGAGCUAGGAUGCUUCUUGCCAAAGCCCGAGAAAGGGGAGGAACAGAGAGAGUAUGGAUGAAAUCAGCAAUCGUUGAAAGAGAAUUAGGGAACCUCGAUGAGGAGAGGAAGUUGCUUGCUGAAGGAUUGAAGCGCUUCCCUUCGUUCUUUAAAUUGUGGUUGAUGCUUGGACAGCUAGAGGAACGGCUUAACCAUUUGGAAAAAGCCAAGGAGGCUUAUGACUCGGGUCUUAAGCACUGCUCCAAUUCUAUACCACUCUGGCUUUCUCUUGCAAAUCUUGAAGAGAAGAUGAAUGGGCUGAGUAAAGCUCGUGCAGUUCUUACGAUGGCCAGGAAGAAAAAUCCUCAGAACCCUGAACUGUGGCUUGCUGCUGUUCGAGCUGAAUUGAGGCAUGGUAAUAAGAGGGAAGCUGAUAUUUUGAUGGCAAAGGCCUUGCAGGAGUGUUCCAAUAGUGGUAUCUUGUGGGCAGCUUCUAUUGAGAUGGUACCCCGUCCCCAAAGGAAGACCAAAAGUAUGGAUGCUCUCAAGAAAUGUGAUCACGAUCCCCAUGUCAUUGCUGCUGUGGCCAAGUUAUUCUGGCUCGACAGGAAGGUUGACAAGGCUAGGACUUGGCUCAACAGGGCAGUGACACUUGCCCCAGAUAUUGGAGAUUUCUGGGCUUUAUACUACAAAUUUGAACUUCAGAAUGGGACUGACGAGAACCAGAAGGAUGUACUGAAAAGAUGCAUUGCUGCAGAACCAAAGCAUGGUGAAAAAUGGCAACCUAUUUCGAAGGCAGUGGAGAACUCUCACCAACCAACUGAAGCUAUCUUGAAGAAGGUGGUUGUUGCCCUUGGCAAGGAAGAGAGUGCAGCUGAAAAUAAUAGACAGUAGGUCUGGCUUGUCUUUUCCAGAGAAACAAGUAUUGCCAGUCUCAAUUGUGACGGAGGAAGAAGCAGCUCUAAGCGACUCAAGAGUAGGAGAAGAAGACAAACUGUUGUCUCAUUCUUGAUCUUUAAUGAAGCUUCGAAAAGGGAUAUAUACGUGGUAAAAGUCCAAUACCGGUUGCAUGUAUCAAGUGCUCAACUAACCAAGAGAGGCCAACACCUUAUGAAAUGAAUAUCUAAAAGCAUCAAAAGAGCAUUCUACCUGCAGCCAGUUAUAAAUGCAUCUAAGGCCAACACCUUAUGAAUGAAAUCAGCACAUUCCCCAACCAAUGCUGACGUUUUGAAAUCAGCAAUAGCCUUUCAUUCUUAAUAAAAUUUAUCAAAUGUACAGUGCAGGGGCCGAACCAUAAUCUGCAUCGAUGUUCAAUCAGAUUGGUGGAGUUUCAGAAUAACAGCAAGGCACAAAACCGCUAAUUUUGAAGCCAACGUCCAUCAAACAGUUCUCAACAUUGUAUUUCAUCUAUUGCUUUAUUAAACGAUAUAUACCAAGUUUGAUUUGUGCUCAUGCAGUUGAUUUUUGCAAAAGAUCCUCCUAAGGUUGUAGUUCUUAACCCUAAGUGCCGUCAAGCGUUAUGCUCUGUGUGGUACCACCAACGCCCACCAAAAAGCGAGCAACAUCAGGCAGCAUCCUUGUAUGGAACUGCAGGGGUAUUGUGAACACUGAGACACAACGAGCCCUCAUUGAUCUCGUCCA